CUUUGAGUUUCACAAAGAAUGGGUCACCGCAGACGGUCUUCGAGAUUCGUUGACAAAUGUUGUUGUGGAUGUGAUCACUAGACAUGAAGCAAGAACUACUGAUGUAUAUCAGUAACCGGCUCUGAAGUGGACUGGACGAUAAAUAAUAUGAGAAAACGCGUAAAAGCACUACAGUUUCCUCCAAUUCUAACAGUAAGUACACAAUAAGAUCAUGGAUAUAUAUAACAAAAAGUUUCUGUGAACCCCUCCAAACGAAAAUUGAAAUUCUCACUACCUCCUAGAUGACGUCGAGGAGGACACGGAGACGCGUCUACACUCCCACUUCAGACACUAGCCUGUCUUUCCUGUAUAAUUGAAUCGCUAUACUAAGUACAUUGCAAACUAUCGCGCUAUCGUCGAGAACUGCAGCUGCACCCAGCUGCUACAAUAGACAUCAGCUGAAAUCAAGACCUCCCAUCAACACAGAGAGAUAGUACAUCAACUAUCCAUAUCAAAAAAGCCGAUGUCACUGCAGAUAGCGAAGCUCAAGCUUCUGGGCGAAGACUAUGCACUUGCCGAAAGCCUAUCGGACGGAUCCGAAAUUCGCAUACCGAUACCUGAAGGAAAAUGUACUACAGCUAUUCCUUGACGUGAACACAUGAAGACUUCUUCGCUUGUUCUCUUUUCAUGCCUCGAGGAGGACGUGUGUACUUAUACUGUGUUUUUACAAACUACUAAGUACCGAAAUCAACAAGAACUCAUUCAGAAUCACGAUCGCGGGGAAGCAAAACGAAUAUUGUUGACCCAGGUAACCAAAAGGAAAAUCACUCACUCAGUCACUGUAUGAAUCAAUUCGCUCAUUACAGUCGCACGACCGGGGCUCCACGUAGCUUUUACGGCCUUAGCGAACGAUGCAGAUGAGGCAUUACGUGAAUUACUGCCACCUAGUGGGCAGAAAGUAGAUCCUUGCCAGGAUAUUUGGGUCGGUCCCGACACGAAUUUUCCGAAGUUUUUCGGUCGCGUUUGUGCGGAUGCGCUGGCCGCACCUGGUAGACUUUUUCUCCACUCACCGCAGAUAGAAAACACAACGAUCGAAAUACCCAAGCACGUGGCAGAUAGGUAGUUCUUGAAUUUGAUCCAUACUAAUACUUAUACAGUUGUGGUAGGAUAGAAGAUGAAUGGGCAGAAUUCAAUUAGAAGGUAGAAGAUUCUCUGUCGUGGGAGAACCAGAAAAAUAGGUCCUUCGAAAAGUAGGAAAAUAGAUGAGCCACAGGAAGGACCAGGACUGACUCGACACACUGAGAACUUCUUUCUACCACGACAAAAAAGUGUUCCUGAUGCGCUUCCAGUCGGGAGCAUUGUGGCCUGCGAUGUGCGGGCUUGCGCUGAAGGGCGAGCGGAAGUUGUUGGUCCGAUUUGGAAAAAGCUACUAGAAGGUUCUUGCGGAGUCGCAAUCGAUGAUCCCGCUUCCUCCUCGUUAUUUGGCGGUCCGCCGACACCGAGCUCAUCGUCCACAAAGGCGCCGGCAUGGUUAGCGCAGGGCUCAGUGGCAGCUGCGGUGGCAGGAAGUGGAGGCGCUCCAGCCGGUUCACCAAGUGCGGGUAUUUUUAGAAAAGAUGUAAGUAGGAGCAGCUGCUACAUCCUGUAGUUCUAGUUGUAGCUGAACUUGGUUACUAGGCCGGAGGUGUUCGCUCUUACUAAAGAAUCACGAAGUCAAGAAACUCACCAAGAAAUUCAAGGGUAAAGUCAUACCUUUAAGAUAGACUCAGGUGGCUCUUGUAGCUCGGGACCGAUUAUUCGGAACGGACGAGCAAUCAACUUACCGGAUGACGACGAUAUUGACACGAAUUUGGAGAAUAUUCGGAUGGGAACUAUUACCGCUACUAUUACGCCAGACGGUAUAGAGAUUUUCUUUGCAAGGUCGUGGACUGUUGGAUGGUCUGUAAGCGAGGAGCCUGUCGUAGCGUCAACGCUAUUUCAAAAUCUUUCUGUUGUGAUGAAGAAAGUAAUUAACUAGUACUUUGUCCCUCUUCAACAAUGGAUAAUAGCAAGCAAUCACAAUGUUCAGGUGACCACACUGUGAUUUUAACGGGCGACAGAGAAAUGAUAUUUGCAGAGACAGCGAUUCUGAAUAAGUUCCGGUUAGUCGCGGGGAUGGAUGUUGCCUGCAGCAUUUUUACGAACGAGGAUGGACAUCCUUUGGUAUUACUUUCAAAGAUGAAUUGUCUUUUGAUUGAAUGAUUGAUGACAAGGAGAAGGAAUGAAUAAAACUGAUGUUUCGUGUGCCAUCCGUAAAACAUCUUCUCAUGUGUGGAAUCAGACCCUGAGGUGGAUCUUCUCAUACUACAUCCUUCCGUCAACCUUCUCGCAGGUGGACAGUUCCCGACCUUUGUGGGAGCUUUCGACUCCGUUUAAAGAGGAGCAAACGCCGUUCUUUGGCCAGUAUUUUGGUCGCGUUAUUAACUUGUCAUCGCAUGGCAACGGCUUUGUGGACUGUGAGGCGUUGAAGCAGCAGUAUCAUCAUGACCCCUUUGUCCAUCAAAAGAUUAUGCGGUUGUGCGAUAUCCACUUAGGCGACAUGAUUAAUUUUACCGUACACAUAAAUUCGAGUGGCACGCCGCAAGUUUCUGCGCCUGUGUGGCGGAGGUGCGAGGAGAGCCGACGACUACGUAUCGGCUACCACAGUGGGGGCGGGAAGGGCCUUGUCUCCGCUUACCACGAGUACGGCGCCUUCGGAGGAUACCAUGAUUAAGACUUACACUUACGUACUUAAACGACGAUAAAGGUUGAAGAUGUUCCACGUUUCCAUUUUUCCGCAUAUUAAGUUCGUUUCUGAUCCUUUUUAGCAGGCUGUACUUGACGAUAAUGAGUCCUCUUGAUGUAACUAAAUGUCACAUGGUCCUCAGUAGAAAAAUGAAUUCGACCCAUUCCUUUCAUGUUUUAUUCGGAAGCGGCAACUAUUACGGCGGACCCUAUGGAGGGAAGAAGGGUGGCAAAAUGCGUGGAAAAUACGGUAAACACGGUAGUUACGGAGAGAAAGGCGGAACCACUUAUGCAGCGAGUGCGGCCGCGGGCGGUGCAGGCGACCAAACGAGCGCAGGAAGCAACUCAUCGAAUGCGUCUAUUAAGAAAUUGAAAUCGAAUCUGAUUGUGAGUUUCAGCCCUUUCAUCGUGUACGUAGUGAUGAAUGUGGCUUGGGUGGUUUUCCAUACACGAGUUUAAGUACUUGUUCAUCAAGUUUUCUUGCAAUUUUUUUUUUAAUUUUCUGCUUCUAAUUUUCCUGACCCGGGUACGGCAGCUUCCGGCGGUAAUGGCGCUGCACAGCAGGGCGGCGGCGGCGGGGCGCAGCAGAGUAGCGGUGCUCCGACAGCAUUAGCAGGGCAACAGGGAAAGAGUGGAGAAAAGGGAAAGUCUGGUGGUUCCUAUGGCGCAGGAACUGGAUCGCCAUUGCUAGGCGCAAGCCACGGUCACUACGGCCCUGCGGGGGGCAAAGUUAGGACAGAUCUAUCGAUAUAAAAAACUAAAACCCUUUCAUCUCUUUUGUCGUACUGCUCAUUGGGAUACUUACAGUCUUGCUUAGAGCUCAGUGCUUCAUUUAAAACACGAAGGCGUUCAUCUGCGAACCCCAUAGUCAUCCUCAACGCUCUAGAAAUUGAAGCUCGUUAACACGUGCAAGUACUUCUUCUCCUUCUUCUCCUUCUUCUUCUUCUUCUUCUUCUUCUUCUUCUUCUUCUUCUUUCUUCUAACAAGCGUAGUUUUGGUCGUGUCUGGGAAUUCGCAGGCGCUUUGCCAGGCAGCGACGAGGCUAGGUACCCGGAUAGGAUUGGGGACCACGAGGGCUACAUCAAAAACGUCAAUUCGCAUGGGCACGGAUUCGUCAGUUCCUACUCCUUCCACGACACGGAUGUUUUUGUGCAUAAAAAGGUGAUGGACCGAUGCAAACUUGGCAGCGGCGAUCGUUUACGCUUUAACGUGCAUGUGAAUGCGACGGGUACCCCACAGUGUUCGGCACCGGUUUGGGUACUGCGCGCAGGGAUGGGGCCUUACGGUGGCCGCGGAGGCUACAAAGGCGGGGGACACUUUCGAUGAACGUGUAGUAGUUGGACUGUUGUCUUGUAAUCUUCAUUUGUACUACACUGAAAGUGCUAGUUGACCGUUUUUUUCAUAAAACACUAAAUGCUAGUACACCGUCGAGCCUAGUGAUACCCACCUGAUGCAGUUAGUUGAAAUAGGGUUGAAGCACGUAGUCCCAAAUCGAUAAAUAUAAAAAAGUUAAUCACGUUUCUACUUCUUAACAUCAAGAAUCUACCCACAUCCAUGAUGCAGGACAAGAAGCUGAGUGAAUAUGUCGAUGUCCUAAAUACAUUUUUUCAGCUUGUACCUACUUCUUUCUAUUUCAAAUAUAACUUGCCUGACAAUGUAAUGUAUGGAGAAUUCAUGAGGAAUACAAGUACAACAAGAUACUGGUGUGGUGCUAGUUCAGAUGUAAAUCGAUUCAAUUGUAAGUUGUCGGAAUUACUACAUCUUCUUAAUUUCUUUCAAGGAUUGAUGCUCAUGUGAGACUUACUAUCUGUAUACAAAAACUGUAUUCAUUUUGGCAUCAUUCUUAAUGAUUGUAUCAAUUGCGUGGAGCAGAUCACUAAUUGCUGGCUGUGGCUGUGAUCUCAUCUACAUUUUUCUUUUCAGGGGACAUCUAUUGUCGAAAAGUUUACUUGUGCCUAAAGCUUCCCACAUCUUAUUUUCUGUAUAUAUUAAUCACGUCGUGAAGAACAAGUGGACAUUAUGAAAGCGUAGAACAAAUGAUUUCUUGCACCAAAUUUUUUUUGGAAGUUGACAGACCCUAUGCGCCCAUUGAUUGAGUGUCUCUUAGAAGUCGAUUGAAUUGAAGAUUUGAGUUCACCUUAAGUUGAACUGACUCACCCUGAUUAAUGCCGAUCCUCUAGUGUUACCACAAUUAGCCUCAGUUGAGUCACCUCGCUCACACUAGAGCACCUUGUUGAUAGUUUUUCUUUUAUCUUAGAAUUUCCGGGAAAUGAAUACUUACUUAAUUCGUAAUGUUGAUGAUGCAUGGAAAAGAUAAAGAAGUAUGUCAUGGUCAUCAAAGAGCACAUGUAAAUCUUACCUUGUUAUGAUUAAUUGAGUCGUGUUGAUGAUGAAACGUACGGAAUCGAAAUGAAAUAAUGUUAAUUCACAUGCCUCGGUGCUCGUGGUCGACUUUAUUCAGGUCGCCUAUUCAUCUGCGGAGUCAAGCCAGGUGCCGGGGGGCGUUGAUGUGCAGGAUUCACAGCCUAACCUAUCCUUGUUUGACUGACGAAUGAGGUUCCUAGAAGAAAGACUGAACGGAGAUGAACGAUUUCAUGCCACGCGUGAGCAUGUGCAGGACACUCACACAACGAACCUCUUCAUCACUUUUUACUCAUUUUCUCGAUAUAGGCACUGGGACUACAACAUCAGAACAAGUACUUACCAUAAAUUACGUGUACAACUCCUAAAUCCAGUUGAGUCCACCAGAAACUGGUCCUAACAGGAGGUACAACUUCUUACCC